GGUUUAACCUUAACAUCAACCACUGCGAAGAUUCAUUACUGGUGAUUUUGUCACUCGCAAGAACACCCAUUGACUCUUCGAAGUAUACUUGAAUAACUAUAAGCUUACCUGUGUCUAAUUUCCUCUCACUGCCCUUUACAAAAACAUACUGCAGUCCAUCAAAUCCACACAGCACAAAAACAAAACAUCGAGGCUUGUAUUAUUGUGUCUGCUGUCUUCUCCGCCACGAUAAUUUUUCUCUCGCAGGUCAUCAUUUGCCUCGAUAUAUCACGUUCACACUUGUGGCAGGCAUUAAACUAAUUUAGGUAUGUCCUAGGAUUGCGUGGGAUCUGUUCAGUAGGAUUCGCAUCUGCUUGAUAGCUAGUUCCUUAAACCAACCAAAUAGUCAUUUGAGGCAUGAAAUAUACUGCAGAUCAAAAUACUCUCAUUCACAAUUUCAAGGUCUAUAUGCGAUCUUACGACUCAAGAGAACCCGAGUAUCCCGGGAGAGCAUUAAUCCCAGGGUAACGUCGACAAGCUCAACUGGAAUUCCUUCUCCGAAUCAUCAAAUCGUACAAUUUAUAGCUUAAGCGCUACAAGUUGAAUGGCGACGUAGAGGUCUUAGAUAUCGAAAAUGAUAUGUACGAGAAUAUCAAGUUUUUAGGAAAUGAUGGAUAUUUACCUACAGAUAUUGUCGAAUUAGCGGAUCACCUUCAACGUGAUGCUCGACCGACAAAAGAUAUUUUUCGGCCGUUUUAAUUCGCCUUACAGGUGGUUACUGGUUCGAAUCUUGACGUACGUAUCAUCCAAAACAUGUGGUCUGAUAAAGUGGCCGCAAAAAAUCGCAACGAUGGUUCGGACAGCAAGGUUUUGGAUGAACGCAAUGAGGCCAGAUACUAUGCUCUUGUCGGUAUGAAAAAUCUCUGUCAGCCAGAUUAUGGCCAAAAGGACAACGAAAACAGCUUGAAAGAUCUACUUGAUUGGGCAGAAAGAGACCUGAAAAAUAUUCCUGAGCGCAAAGUUAAUCGGUGUUAAGUUUCUGAUGUCAGAAGAUUGUUGGGGUGGUAAUUGAGCUGGCGGUUGAUAUUUUUUAGAUGGUGGAUGAUUGGGAUUCGACUCUUGCGUGACUUUGGUAGUAUUCCAUAGCCCUAAGAAAUUAACCCUAAAAUCGAUGCCGAGAUUGUGAAUUUUCUUGUUGCCAGUAAAUAUUUCUAGUGACUCUAUAUUGAAAUA